CCCUCGUUGCUAUACCUGCAGUGUUGGUGCCCGAGUGGCACUUUUUCAAAAUUACCAACAUGCACCAGGCAGUGACCUUUUUGUGGAUCUGUGGCCUCUACCUUGGCCUGAGCUACGUGAUGGCGCUGAUUGUGGCCGCCUACGACCCCAGACGGCCGCCUGCCAUCACCGAGGCCAAAUUGGUCUCCAGAGAGGAAAGGGAUGUGCACGCCCAAACCAAGAAAUGGUGCUUGGGCCUGAAGGACUCUGAGGCCCAGCAGCCUUCGGUGGUUGUCAGUCCCUUAGCCGAGCCGUGGCUGCAACAAGCCUUGCAGCACGCCACUGGUGAAAAAGUGGCGGCCACCGCACAGGCCAAGUACUUCAACAGGUUUGGCAAAACCGUUUUAGUUUUGGACCCGCCCAAACCAGAACAAGUCGACGAGUGGAAUCGACUUUUCAUGACUUGGGUCCUCAACUUCAAAGGCCCAAGAGUGGUUGUUUUUGAAUCUGAACUGGUCGCCGACCCAGAAGGUGAACUGACCCGUGUGCUUAAAUUCCUUGGCCGAAAGACGGACGGGGUUGGAUGCGCCCUGGAAAGGGCCCCUCCAUUGGGGUCAAGCAACUCAAAGGUCAAUCUGGAGUCCAGCGAGGUCAGACAGAAUUGGGACAUGGUCUUGACGGCACUCAACGAGACCACCUCCCAGUUGUGAAAAAGAAGAAAAAAACGAAUUUUUUUAAUUUGUGUGUUGCGCUGUUUUAGCAAAAUUUUGUUGUUUGUGGUACUUUUUUCUAGAGACAUUCCCACCGAGGACAAAAACCUGUGAUUUUCCUUAUUUUGUCAUGAUUUGGAGAUAAAACUAAUAAUUAUCAAAUUAAUUUUUUUUAAUUUAUAAUUUUUUUAUUAAGUGUGACGCAAUUUUGCAAAUUUUUAAGUCACAGUGUUGAUGGCAACAGCAUCGCAGUGAAAUCGCAAGCGAUGAUUCAAUAAUCACACCGUUACAUAAUUAUUUCCACUUUCUUUCCUCUUCCAAUUCUGCGCGCCGCGAUCACUCGUUUUUCAUACGCGAUUGGCCAAUCAGCGAAUGGCUUUUUAUUACACUUUAUCUGCUGCUUGCACAGCUUGUGGUGAAUAUACGAUUAUCUCUUUCUCUGUCGACUUAUGUGCCUCUUUGUUGAGCCGACAUAAAUUAAUAAUUAUAAUUUAUACGGAGUACGAUUUGUAGUGGCUGUUCCACUGACUGACCCCGCGCCUUGCCUUAUGCAAAUGACGCUCACACUCCAAGGGCACUAAGAAACUAAGUGGAAGUUCACUUUUCAAUUUUAAAAUCAAUUAGUUGCUCAAAGAUCAAAUAGGUGAUUUAUUUUUAUAAAAAAGAUUGGUUUCAAACGUGUAAAAAAGUUUAAAUUUAGUGAAAAAAAUUUAAUGAGAGGAUCAUAAAGAUGGGUCAAACAAAAAAUUAAAAUCUUUAUGAAUAAUUUUUAAUGUUUUGUAUUAUUUUAGAACAAAAUGUCCUAUGCAAAGACACCAUCACUCAUAAUUAUAUUUGUAAAUUUUCUAAACGUGGAAUCAAGUUUGUCCGAAUUGCAACUUCUGAGAUUUCAAGAAAAGACAAAAUAUUAUAAUGGCGCGUCGAAACAAACAGCGCUUAUCAAAUUCGCCAACUAACGAAACUCACUCUCGCUCAGGUAUGUGUUUUACUUCUUCCAAAUUGAAAGCGCCAGGUCGGCAAAAGAAACGUUUGUCAGCGAGUUUGGCGUCUGCUGGCGAAAUUCCGCCGCAAAGCAAAGCAAAGUACGAUCGAUUGCUCUGCGGUGCCGAAAGCCAAGCUAGCGCCCAAAUGAAUAAGUAACCCACUCAUUUAUCCACUUUUCAUUUUAUUUCUGGGCAUCACACGCUGCGAGCAAAGUGCGUCGUUUUUUGCCCAAUGUAUAACUGGCCGACGCCGCCGCCGCCGCGAGUAGUACAUAGUAAUAAACACAUAAGCCCCAACGAGCGAGAGAUCGCAAAAAAUCAAGGACACGCAGCAGCACCAGCAGCUCCACAUUUUUAAGAAGCCUCAUAGGCGCGUUCUAACGUGUGUGUUUGCUUUCUAUGUUCGGAUUCAGACGUUGUGCAUGUUUGUAAUUUUAUCGUUGCGAGUUUUCAGGUUUUUCCACAUCAAUGCUCGACCGGCGUGUGCCAUUAAAAAAAUAAAAUGUGAUGCAAAAAAUGAAAAAAAUUGAAUGAUUUUCUGCAUUCUGUAC